AACUCUUUUUUUUUUGUACUCCCAACUCAACACUAGCAGCCUGAUUGGAAGAUUUGAUCUGAUUUGUAGAAGAAUUAUGUCGAAAACGUGUCACUUGGUUGUGGCUUUGGCGGCCAUAUGCCUUUUAAUUGUAACGCAAAGUGUCGGCGCCGAUAAAAGGCAGAGCAAAAAGUACAGCAAGGAAGCAAACAGCCCGCAUUUCAAGCAGGUCAUCGACGAAAAGUAUGAGCCGGAAAUUCGGAAUCUUCAGCGACCUUUUCGCAUAGCCAAAUUAAAUUUGAUAUGGUCAAAGGCACAAAAUCGCUUGACUGAGAGCAAAAUAAAGUCGUUGUACAUGGAACUAAAAAUACACGAUAAAGAGGAGAUUGCGUGGAAACAACUAAACUCACAGCACAAAGACAAAGAUGGACUGAAAGAGAAUGAGCUACGCCAAAAACUGAUUGGAAUAAUGAGCAGCUAUGAUUUGCUGGAACAUUUUGAGGACACACAGAAUGUGGAAAAAACAAAGCCCUUUAAGAAAUUUCACGAUCCCGAGGAAAGGCAUAAAAAUAAAAGUCUUUUUAAGGACAAAAAAUUAAAUCGCUUGUGGGAGAAAGCAGAAAUUUCUGGGUUCACAGCUGAAGAAAUGAAGUCGCUAAAGCAAGAGUUUGACCAUCACCAGGACAAAGUGGAUGUCUAUUAUAGUUUACUCGAGAAUAUUGGCACCAUGGAAAUGAAUAACCAUGAGAAUGCUAUAAACACCGAAGAUCUGGAUACAUACAACCUCAUUUCCAAUGAUCCCAAUGAAAAUGAGAUUAAAACGCACGCGCAAAAUGUGAAGAAGUUUGAAACAGAUAUGAAUGCUUUGCGUGGACACCAUGUUGCCAUCAAAGAUCACUAUGAUCGUCUAGAACGUUUGGUAUCUACCGGCCCCCAUAGCCAAGAGUUUAUCGAGCCCAAGGUACAGGGUUUAUGGCGUGUGGCACAGGUUAGCAAUUUCACUGACAAGGAACUGAUGUCCCUUAAAACCGAGCUACAUCACUUCGAGAGCCGUCUGCUAAAGCUGCGUCAUUUACAUGCUGAGCAUGCUCUGCACAAGGAGAAAUACAAGGACGAAAAGCACAAGGACAAGAGCAAUCGGUUUGACGAUGUGGAGGAGCAACUAAAGAAACAAACUCGCAAAGUUGAAAAGCUUCAGGAAAAUAUUGAAAAUACCAUAUUCAAGCAUACUGAACUUUAAAUAAUUCUUUGAUACAGAUCGUGCCAAAUGAGCAAAUUAUUUGUAGACAAAUAUUUGUAUUUUUCAAAGCAAUUGCUUAGCUUAGCUUAUCUAAUUAGAUUUAC